AUGGCUCUUAGUAGAAUUGAUGGUCAGGAUGAGCUAUUCGUUGGAGGUCUCUGGGCCUUGCGCCGCUCCGACUCGCUGACCGACCGUCGCAUAACCCACGUCCUAUCCCUCGUACCAUUCGACAUCUCCAGCCUCAAAAACUUCAAGGACGAACCCUGGAUCGACUACGGAAAGGACUUUCGUCACCAGCUUAUCGAUAUUGACGAUGUGGAGGAUGCUGACUUGCUGAUUGAGCUACCGAAAGCUGUCAGAUUUAUUGAAGAGGGUCUUGGCGCGAACUAUAUGCAGCAUGCAGAUGAAGGAGAUGAGGGUGUCUCAAUAGAAAAGGGAGUUGAGGAUCUUGACAUGACGGAGAAAAAGAGAAAGAAGAAGGGUGGUGUCUUUGUUCACUGCGCUGCUGGAAAGUCGAGAUCUGUUUCGGCUGUCAUUGCGUAUCUCCUUCGACGAUAUCCAAGCCGCUUUGAUCCUAACAUUACACCUACUUCCAUAUCGGAUCCGACUCAUGCUACCACUACUCAGACAACAGCAGAGAAGCGCUCGAGAAAAGACACAGCCCAAGAGGCUGUUCACGCAGCUCUCACGUUUGUCCGCCGAACAAGACCCAUGGCUGAACCCAACGAGGGUUUCAUGGAGCAGCUCGCUCUAUGGUGGGAGAUGGAAUGUCCAGACGACGUUGAAUCUCACCCUGUUUACCAGCGAUGGGCUUACAAGCGUGAAAUCGACGAGAACCUUGCAGUAGGCCAGGCACCGACAAGGCUCCGCUUCGAGGAUGAAGAGACGCAGCCUCAAGAUGACUCAGGUCUUAGUCUACGAUGUAAGAAGUGUCGCCGCACCCUUGUCACGGCGCCGUUUAUCAUGAAUCACAAACCCUCCGACAAGCAAUCUUCGGCUUCUACCUGCCAGCAUUACUUUGUCGAGCCUUUGAGCUGGAUGCGUGGUGUGCUGGAGCAGGGAGAACUCAACGGGAGAUUGCUGUGCCCGAAUGACAAGUGCGGUGCUGGUGUAGGUCGGUAUGACUGGAAGGGUUUCCGGUGCUCGUGCGGUGGAUGGGUGACGCCGGCGUUUUCGCUACAGAAAGCGAGGGUGGAUGAUGUUGUGAAGCGGCCGACGGGUCAGAGUAUGGGGAUUCGGAUGCCGCCCGGUCUAGCUCCGCGGAACGGAAACUUGUGA